AAAAAAAGUUCAUCGGGUGUAAAGAACCAUGUUGAUGGCAUUAUGAAAGACCCAGCAAACUCACUUUAUACACUUUAUGGACCAAAAAUUACAAAAGAGGAUCAAUCAGUCAAAGAAAUUGAAGAGUUGAACGCCAUUAUAUCAAGAUUCAACAGAUUCAAAAAACUUAUACAAGAACCUAAUGUUGAUUUGGCUGCGUUGAAAAAAAUGGCAUGGAAUGGUAUACCCACAGAGCUAAGACCAAUCAGUUGGCAACUGCUACUAGGGUAUCUCCCAACAAAUUCAGACAGAAGAGUCACUCAACUUGCAAAGAAAAGACAAGAGUAUCUUGAAGGUAUCGAUCAAGUUUUCAAUGACAAUAAAGAACCUGCAACAUGGCAUCAAAUAGAAAUUGAUAUCCCAAGAACCAAUCCACAUAUCAAGCUUUACAGCUUUGAAUCCACACAAAGAGCUUUAGAAAGAAUUUUGUAUCUAUGGGCAGUGAGGCACCCUGCAUCUGGUUAUGUUCAAGGUAUAAACGAUCUUGCUACACCACUAUUUCAAACUUUCUUGAGCUCAUAUAUUGAAGAAGAUGUUGAUGUGGAAUUAUUUGAUCCAAAAAUCUUGCCAAAACAUGUUCUAGACGCUGUAGAGGCUGAUACCUUUUGGUGUUUAACAAAAUUGUUGGAUGGUAUUCAAGAUAACUAUAUCCAUGCUCAACCAGGUAUCAUAAGACAAGUUAGUGCAUUAAAGGAUCUGAUCAACAGGAUUGACUCAUCUUUAUACUAUCACUUGGAAGCGGAAAAUAUAGAAUUUAUUCAAUUCUCAUUUAGAUGGAUGAAUUGUUUACUAAUGAGAGAAGUUUCGGUCAAAAACACUAUACGUAUGUGGGAUACUUACCUUAGUGAAACCAAUGGGUUUAGUGAGUUUCAUGUUUAUGUAUGUGCUGCAUUUUUGGUGAAAUGGAGUGAUGAAUUGAAGACAAUGGAAUUUCAAGAAAUUAUGAUGUUUUUGCAAAACCCACCUACAAAAGGAUGGACGGAAAAAGAUAUAGAACUUCUUUUGAGUGAAGCCUUUAUUUGGCAGAGCUUAUACAAAAAUGCAUCAGCUCAUUUAAGA